AUGGCCCCUCUUACCCGUGCACACCGCGCCAAAGCGUCCCGCAAUGGCGAGCCUAUCGAACCUCUCUCACCAGCCCUCCCUCUAACGUCCACACCUACGCCCCGCCGAAAUCACACCCGCUUCGAUGAGGACGAUACCCCCACCGCCGCCGCCGCCACCACCACCAGCAAACCCGAGGAAAUCGCGAACCUCCAAAGCUCUGCGGAACCAGAUUCUAGGGAGAUUGCAGACUCCCAAGAGAACUCGGACGCUUCGGAGUCGGAUGACGAAGCGCCCGAAGAGACUUCGCUAGGUGCCGGGAAAGAGGAAGCUCUUAAGCGGGACGAAGAGGCGCGCAAGGCAGCAGAAGCGCAGAAAGACGCCGCGCGCAAGAAGCGAAAAGAGCGCGACACCCAAUUGAAGACCCAGAAAGCCGGCGCUGACGCCCGGAAGCGUCAACGUCUCGACGAAGCCGCAUCUCAGCUCACUCUCGAGGCAUCAAACGCUACCGUCGAGGCCGAAGCCGAAUCAGAAACAAGAAACGAAGCUGCAAGCGAAGAUAAAGAACAAACCCCAGAGGAUACCUCCGCCCUUGCCCCAAUCGAAAAAACCAAACUUCCCAAGCUCCUCCCAGAAUCGCUUCUUGCGGCCGUUGCAUCGCGCCCAGAAGACUCCGAUUCAGAAGAUUCCGAAGAUGAAACCCCGGCGCCGGCAGGCCAACCGUCAAAACAUCUUGAAAAGAAUCGGCGCAGACGGGAACAAAAGCGCCGGAACAAGGUUCUUAAGAAAGGGGUUGUGAGUGUGAAGGUCCUCUGCGAUGACGCUGCGACGCGGAAGAAUCUGGCACCGCCGGUUGUAAGGAACGUAGGGAAUAUAAAGGAGGCCUGGCUUUAUAAUCGCCGCGGAGGUGUAGAGAGGAGAGCUGUGGGCAGAGGAUUUGUUAGAAAUUGA